AUGUCCGAUAAGAAAGAAGGCAUUGAAGAGGUAGUUCAGUCACUAGACGAUGUGGAAGCUCCUGACGACGUCAAAGUUUCCCAGUCAAGGUUCAAAAUAGGCAAAGCUAGGAAACGACGUGGUCAGACCAUGUCUAGCAAUGGUGACGAGUACAUCAUGUCAGACACCUUCGAUUUCCGUCAAUACCUUCCUCAGGACCUCCUCAAUGACGACAAUGAGGAAACAAAGGAUGAUUUUGAAGAAGAGGACAAGCGCGUUGAUUCUGAGGAAGAAGAAAUAGCUAAUGCCAUUAUGGAGGAUGGAUUUGCUGAAGGCAGAACAGCUGGUUUUGUGAUUUCAAUCUUACGAAAGGAUAGUCCUACUUGUGGCUUAUUCCGAAUUGGUGAAAUAGAUUCGGACGAAGACGACCAUAAAAACGGGAGAAGAGGGGGUCCAAAGUUAGGUAAAAAGGCGACAAAGCGUGGCAUUUCUUCCUCCGAAACGGAAGCUGUCAUUAGCGAGGUUGCAAACAAGCGUACACGCAGACGAGGCGUUCGUCGUUCACGCCGGAAGUACUCCGCCAUACCUCGAGUCAAUGUCCUCGACCGACAGGAAACAGCAGAGGAAGUUCGCGAAAGGGCUGAUGAUUUUAUCAAUCAGCGUCUUUAUAAUAGGGGUGAGGGACGGACAACUGGACAAGCAAAGUCAUUUAAGGGUCCCCGGAGAAUGGACCAGAGAGCGGUGGCUUCCAUGUCCAAGAAACCAUUCCUCACUGAGGUCCUCGACAUCAUGGAGUUCUAG